AUGAAGAAGACUAACCUUCCAAAGAGGAACCAUAAUAGUUUGGAAAAUCUCAUUAGCUGGCACCAACCACAGGAGCACUAUGUCAAGAUUAAUGUUGAUGGGUCCUACUUCUCACAAUGUGAUAGUGCCUCCUGCGGGGGGGGGUCUUCAGAGACUACAUGGGAAGGCCUCCAAAUAGCAGUUGCUAAUGAUUUACAGAAUAUUAUUGUGGAGUUUGACUCUCUAAUGGCUCUUCAGGCUAUUAAAAUAGGAUGUCCAAGCUCCCACCCUUGUGCAGCUCUUGUACAAGAUAUCCUGAUCCUAAGCAGGCGCGUGCAAAAUAUUGACUGGAAUCACACCUUAAGAGAGGCCAAUGCAGUUGCAGAUAUAAUGGCCAAGAAGGGGCAUGAUCUUCCCAUAGGCCUCCACAUUUUUGAUGCGCCUACACCUGAUUUUAUUUUAGCUUUAACUUUUGACAUGUAUGGUUCUUUUAGACUUAGAGGCUUGUAG